AUUUGUUUGAUUGCUCACGUAACUGCCAGAAAAAUGCCAGCCUUUCACCGACAUGAAGAAGAGAAAUUCUUUGUAAAUGCUGAAGGCAGGAAAGAAUCUGUGCCAAGUAUCCAUGAUUCCCCUACCAGGGAACUCUCUGUUGUUGUGCCUUCGUACAAUGAGGAAGACCGAUUACCUCUUAUGAUGGAUGAAGCUUUGGAUUAUCUAGAAAAAAGACAGAAACGAGAUCCUUCAUUCACUUAUGAAGUAAUAGUGGUGGAUGAUGGUAGUAAAGAUGAAACUACAAAGGUUGCAAUGAAGUACUGCAAGAAAUAUGGAAGCGACAAAGUGCGAGUGCUUACUUUGGUAAAAAAUCGAGGGAAAGGAGGAGCAGUCAGGAUGGGUGUCUUUAGUUCUCGGGGGAAAAAAAUUCUUAUGGUCGAUGCAGAUGGAGCUACAAAAUUUGCAGAUAUUGAAAAAGUAGAAGAAGGUCUAAAAAAUCUUCAGCCAUGGCCUAAUGAAAUGGCUAUUUCCUGUGGCUCUAGAGCUCACCUGGAGAAGGACUCAGUAGCAAAGCGCUCUUACUUUCGAACUAUUCUAAUGUAUGGGUUCCACUUCCUUGUAUGGUUUCUCUGUGUCAAAAAGAUCAGGGACACGCAGUGCGGAUUUAAACUUCUAACCAGAGAAGCUGCCUCACGGACUUUCUCAACGCUUCAUAUAGAACGCUGGGCAUUUGAUGUGGAACUUCUUUAUAUAGCUCAGCGCUUGAGAAUACCUAUAGCAGAAGUUGCUGUCAACUGGACCGAAAUUGAAGGUUCUAAGUUAGUUCCCUUUUGGAGCUGGCUGCAGAUGGGCAGGGAUCUCCUUUUUAUACGACUGCGAUAUAUGACUGGUGCCUGGCAGCUUGAAACAAGAAAAUGUAAUUAG